CUGUCUCUGAACCGGCAAAGCUGAAAACUGCCUGAAAAGCUCUCUGCCUUUGAAUCCAGCUCUGGAACCAAAUGCAUCAUUUUACUGCUCUUAAAAACUGAAUAGCGUUUGAUUACCUCAAGCCAAAGCUGCUUUGCUCCAUAAGAAGGACCCGAAAGGACCCACACAUCAUUGUUUUUCAAUCUACUUGAGGAGGUUUUGCUUUCAUGCCUGAAACGUGCUGGUUUCAGGAGGGAGUUUUUGGUUUGUCUGUUUUUAAUUGAAAUGUUGAAAAGUUUCUUAUUGCUGCUUUAAGUGGAACCCAAUUUUAAAAUAUGGGUUGAAUCAGAUCUAAAGGAGAGUUGUCCAUUUUCUGCCGGGACUGACUGGUGAACAUCUUGAGGGAAACUUGGUAGGAGAUAAUGAGAUCUGAUUUGCAACUAACAGCCAUGCUUAAUUUUGAGAAUAUUUAUAGACUCAUUGAAAAAGAAAUUAAAUAUUGACCAAGGAUAAUGUCUGUAUUUCUCAGUAACUUAUCAACAAAUGACUCUAGCCUGUGGAAAGAAAAUCAUAAUUCGACAGAUCUUUUAAAUCCGCCAGGAACCGUGAAUAUAUAUCUUUUUUGCCUGACAUGCUUAAUGACUCUCGCAGCCCUGGCAGGCAGCAUUUAUUCACUAGUUUCCCUAAUGAAAACGCGGAACAGAACUGUUGUGUCCAUGCUUGUGGCUUCCUGGUCUGGGGAUGAUCUCAUGAGCGUCUUGUCGGUGACCAUCUUCAUGUUUUUGCAGUGGCCAAAUGAGGUCUCUGACUACUUCCAGUCUCUGUGCACCACCUCUGCCUUACUAUAUUUAUGCCAGGGCCUCUCGAGCAACUUGAAGGCGACUCUCUUAGUCUCCUACAACUUUUACACGAUGCACAGGGCUGUGGGGAGCCAGGCAGCCUCCAGAAGAUCCGGCCAGGUGCUCGGCGUGGCGCUGACGGUGUGGGCAGCCAGUCUGCUGCUCUCCGCGCUUCCUCUGUGCGGCUGGGGCGCCUUUGUACGCACGCCUUGGGGCUGCCUGGCCGACUGCUCCAGCUCCUACGUGCUGCUACUUUUCGCUGUGUACACUUCGGCCUUCGGACUCCUCGCCGGCCUCUCGGUCCCCCUCACUCACCAGUUGCUGUGUUCGGAGGAGCCACCAAGACUCCACGCCAACUACCAGGAAAUUUCCCGCGGAGCUUCCACUCCAGGGACCCCUUCAACGCGGGGGAGAGUGCUUUCCCCGUCCCCAGAUGAUGCUCCGGGCCCGGCCCUGCGGUGCUCGGGAGGAUGCUCCCCGAGCUCGGAUACCGUGUUUGGACCGGGUCUGCCCGCGAGGGCAGGGCUGGGGCAGGGGCCCGGGCGCGGUGCUACCGCUGUGGCUGGAGCCUGCAGGCGUGAGGACCGGGGGACUCUCUAUGGCACCAGGAGCUUCACCGUGAGCGUAGCGCAGAAGCGCUUUUCUUUGAUUUUAGCGAUGACAAAAGUCACCCUUUGGCUGCCCAUGAUGAUCCACAUGGUGGUCCAGCACGUCGUGGGGUUUCAGAGCCUUCCCUUUGAGACGCUCAGCUUUCUGCUAACCCUCCUGGCCACCACUGUAACUCCAGUGUUUGUCUUGUCCAAACACUGGACACACUUGCCCUGUGGCUGCAUCAUCAACUGCAAGCAGAACACAUAUGCAGUGACGUCUGAUGGGAAAAAACCCAAGAGGAGAUGCUUUGAAUUCAAUCUAUCAUUUCAACGAAGUUAUGGAAUUUAUAAAAUAGCACAUGAAGAUUACUAUGAUGAUGAUGAAAAUUCAACAUCCUAUCACAAUCCCAUGAACUAUGAGUGCAAAACUACAAAAGACUCUCAGAGAGACUCUCAUAAUGUAUUCAAUGCCAUAAAGGUGGAAAUCAGCACCACGCCCUCUCUGGACAGCUCCACACUAAAAGGCAUCAACAAAUGCACAAACACUGAUAUUAUAGAUGCUAAACAGGAUUCCCACAAUGAAAAGGGUGUUGAUCCACUGCUCUCUGAAAAAACAGAAGGUGAUAUUAAAUAUGAUGAAACCACCCUUUUGGAAGGGCCAGAAAGAAGACUUUCUCAUGAGGAGAGUCAGAAACCAGACCUUUCAGACUGGGAAUGGUGUAGGAGUAAAUCAGAAAGAACCCCUCGUCAGCGUUCCGGUGGUGCCCUGGCCAUUCCCCUAUGUGCAUUCCAGGGGACCGUGUCUCUCCAAGCCCCAACCGGGAAAACCCUAUCUCUUUCUACCUAUGAGGUGAGCACAGAAGGACAAAAAAUUACCCCAGCCUCUAAGAAGAUAGAAGUCUAUCGAUCCAAAAGUGUUGGCCAUGAACCAAACUCAGAAGAUUCUCCCUCCACAUUUGCGGACACCAGUGUGAAAAUACACUUGGAGGUUCUUGAAAUUUGUGAUAAUGAAGAGGCCUUGGACACGGUGUCAAUUAUUAGCAACAUCAGCCAGUCCUCCACACAGAUCAGAUCUCCUUCCCUACGCUACUCACGGAAAGAAAACAGAUUUGUUUCAUGUGAUUUAGGGGAAACAGCCUCAUAUUCUCUCUUUUUACCCACAAGUAAUCCUGAUGGUGAUAUCAACAUCUCCAUUCCAGACACUGUUGAAGCACACAGGCAGAACAGUAAAAGGCAGAGCCAAGAGAGGGACGGCUACCAGGAGGAAAUCCAGUUGUUAAAUAAAGCUUAUAGGAGAAGAGAAGAAGAAAGCAAGGAUAACUAGUGAUCAUUUGGCCUAAUAAAGGCAAGAAUGGCUCUGCAACUUCAAACUACUAAACUAACACCUUUGUUCUGAGGCUAUUUGAUUUCCUUUUUUUUUUUUUUUCUUUGCGGUACGCGGGCCUCUCACUGUUGUGGUCUCUCCCGUUGCGGAGCACAGGCUCCGGACGCGCAGGCCCAGCGGCCAUGGCUCACGGACGCAGCCGCUCCACGGCAUGUGGGAUCUUCCCGGACCGGGGCACGAACCCGUGUCCCCCGCAUCGGCAGGCGGACUCUCAACCACUGCGCCACCAGGGAAGCCCUAAUUUCCUUUUUUAUUUGUUGGUUUACAUAAGCUUUACAGACUUAAUAGUUAAUUAUUUUUAGUGCAAACAGCUGGAACUAGUGCAAACACUUGAGUGCUUUUUAAGUGUUACUUAUAGAUCGUGCACACUCUGGCAAUUAUAAGAUUCUGUUUCUUAUCUGAUUUCUAAAAACCUUCUCUAAAUCAAACCUUGGUCUUGUUUACUAAUGUUUUCGCCUAUGUUUGUCAACCUCAGAGUAAACAGAAAAUUGUAUAAGCUCAAUGAAUAUACUGUUCUCAUGCAUGUGUUUCUACACAUAAAGUUGGCCUUUACAGCAAGGGGAAAAAUAUUUUGGGAAUGGAAGAAAUGUAGCAAAACUCUGAGUUGUAUUUGAAGAGGCUCCCUAAAUGUGGCUAGCAAAGCAAGCUUAUUAUUACAGUUACUGCUUUAGCUUUACACUGAUGUCUAGGAAAUAUACUCCUGUAUAAAACGGCAAAUUAGCUUCCAACUUUGAAACAUGCAUGUCCCUAGUCUGUAAAUAGUUGUUCCCUUCAUUUCUAUAAAAUACAAAUUGUUUACUGAAUUUUUUUUCUUUCUCUCUUAAAUAGAGUUUUCCUUUCACCUUUUCAGUAUGUUGACUGCUCUUCAAACAGAUAUGUUGUAUGUUAGACGUAGAAUUAGAAGUAGCUCUUAAACAUAUUGGAAAAGUUUGUAGAUGUAUACUUAUCAUUUCUAGAAUUCUUUUGUUUAUUUGAACAGAAACUAGGGAAAAACACCAUAAGAUUAAGUUCUGUGAGGUGCACCCAAGUAGACUAAAAAACUUCUGGGCAGAGCAGAGGGAAAAUCCUCUAAGUCCAAACAAAAGUAUCUGUUUCUAAAGUGGCAGAUAUGGCAGACCUUCUUCAUCACUCUUGAAGCACAGAAAAUUUUAGUUCACAUAUUAUUCUAAGUUUAGGUGCUUUUUCAUUUCCUUCCCAAAGAUAUGUGUAUCUCAAGCAAAGAAACAAUUCAAUAUACUUUAUUAAGUGAUUGUGAGGUACACAUAUCAAGAUUAAUUUUAAAUGUUACAUUGCAAAAAUGCAGAUAUCACCUUGUCAGAAUAUUAGUGACGUAUAUUUCAAAAAAAAAAUUAGAAAGUGAUUUUUCCUCACAUUGCUUUAUUCUGAUCUUUCUGUAAACAUAUAUUAAAUGUAUUACCUAAAUGUUUAUUUCCAAAGUUAUUGAGUUGACAUUUUACGUUUUAAACUUUGUACACUCUCAACUCACAUAUCUUAGUUAUUAUUUACAAACUGAGUGAAUUAUUUUUUAAACGAUUUAUUCUGGUUUCUAUUUCAUUAUAUUGAAUCAGAAUUCUAAAUUACUUGACAUGGGCUUUCAGACUGUUUUAUCUUCAGAUGAUUAUUUUGCUACCAAGAAGUUAUUUUCAAAAUAAUUAUCUCAGUGGACUUUCCCUAUCUUUCACCUAACUUCUCAAUAUAUCAUUAUCUAAACUUGGGAAGCAAAUGUAAUGCCACUAGUCAUGUUUGUAAAGAAAGCCUCAAAUAAUGCAUAACAUAUAAAUUCAAAUUCAGAUGUAUUCUCAUUACAAAUACAUUUAACUUAAGAUAAUACUUUUUAUCUCCAAACUUGAGGGUUAAUUUAACAUAACGACAAAUGGCCAGAUCAAUCUGAUGUUAUAAAUCAACAGCAUUAAAUGUCUGUUAUAAAAGCCAAAGUUGAAUUGAAUAUUCUAAUAAUGCUUUGUAAAAGACAGGUUUUGAUAUAUUAAAUUUAGAUGUAUAAUUUUAUAAAAGAGAAAAGUGAUUUUGCUGCUUAAAGUAUAAUUUCUGGCAGCAAGAAAAUUAAAAACAGAAUCAUAAUAAAACUGAACAAAAUAAUAAAGAGAAAUCCUUUAUAACUGCACAGCACUUUGAGUGGAGAGGAGAUGAUGAAAAACAAGAUUUAAAGAAUACAAGAAUUGGAUUGGAAGACAGUAAUACCCAUUUUCUCUCCUGUGUUCCAUUUUAUUUUCACUGGACUUGGGCCUAUUCUGGGGGAAUUGAAAAACAAACAAACAAAAAACCUAGGAUAUUGUAUCCCCAUUUAACUGUCCUUGGUUGUUGAAUUAACUGUAUAAUGGAUACACUUAAAAGUUCAGACGUAUUCAUACAAUACCAGGAUUAUUUACCGCAAAGCCACAGACUUUGGCAUCACAUUACUAACCUGUAACAGUUCAAACUUCAAGGCAACAGUAGUGAAUCUACAAGAAAACUCUACAGGGGGCUAUGCCUAAGCAUGAACAGCUUCUACCAAUCCCUGUUACGAGAGGGGAUGGUUCAGCUACACCGGUAUAAAGUCUACUUUCUCUUUAAUGUGAUUACAAUUGUAAAAAUGCAUUCUGGUAUAGGACAUACCCUUAUAGAUAUUUUGUGCUAUAUUUAAAUAUCUUACCUUUGCAUUGUUAUAUUGUUAUUAUUAAUAAAUGCUCUAUUUCAUA